CAAAAGUUGUUGAUGCGAUUGUGGAUGAUGCUUGGUUAGAUUUGCGAGAUCAAGAUCAACAGAGUUUGCAGAUGGAGAAAAGUGAUUAUGCAACAUGGAAGCAAGCAAAAAGAGACUUGUUUUUCCAAGCAACUUAUUAAUUUUUGAACUUCGCUUUUAUUUGCCCAACAGAAGCAUCCUACUCUCAGCGAAGCUUGCUUUUAGGAACAGUAGCCAGGCCUCGAAAUGUCACAUGGAAAUGUGUCGGCUGGAUUAUCCUUUCAUUGCCAGUCAGAUUUAACUGUCAUGAUAUGUGGACUAUCAACCUUCUGCUUUUACGUGUCAGCAACAGCUUUUGUUUUUGCCCUUAUUCCACAGCUGCACAAAAAUUCAUAUCUAAAGUCGACGAAAGGACUAAGCUCGUUGUGGGCUGCAGGACUCUCCACUGCAAACUUAGUUCAUACUUUCUUUGUUUUCCAAAUCUCUUCCAAGAAUAUUUAUUUCAAGAUAGCGUCUAUAAUAUACUGCGGAACGUCAGCCGGGUUGCUUUUCCAAUUUUGGUUAUAUUCCAAAGAAGAUGUCAGAUUUAAAGUUACACUUUUUGGCACCAGCAUAGUCGUGUGGCUUGCUAUAAUUUCUAUAGAAAUUGCUGUUCCAAAUUUGCGUGGAGCGAACAAAAUGGAAUGGAUUGCAAUUAUAUUGUUCUCCGUAGGACUUUUGCCACAGGUAAUUCGUAAUAUAUUUGAAAGAAGCACACUUGGGCAGUCAAACAUAUCAGUAGUUUUGACAGCUGUAGGUUGGUCAUUUCAGUUUGUGCCUGUGUAUAUUUUUGAGACAUCCACCAAAUUUAAAAGCAUGGUUUUCAUUGGAGCAUUCAUUGGUCACAUCAACUGUUUGCAGUUAAUUUGGUUUCGAAAACCUGUUAUUAAAACGAGAAGAAUUGAGCAAAGUGCCCCACAAUAUGGGAGCAACAGGAGUCAGCUUCCGGAUGGAGAUGAGUUCUAUUCAUUCCGAGAGCACAGGACCUCCAUUGCCAGUUCCUCAGUACAAGAUGAUGUGUUUGUAGAUCAAAAAUCAAUUGCUAAUGCCAGCACUUUGAAGCCAACUGUAGUUGGAACACUCACAGGAAUGGCUGCUUGGCAGAUAUGCGUAGGAGUUUUUGAAGUAGCCGCCCUGGUUGCCCUGACAGGUAUAACUGUUUUUCUUGUUGGGUUUUUUUGGAUUCUCUUUGCUCCAUGUCUGGUCAUUUUUGUACUAGUAUCAGUAACACUCUACAGAGACUAUGCAGAAUGCACAAGCAAGUGCUGUGAUGAUGCCUUUGAUGAUAUGCAGUAUAGAAUGUUUGGGGAAAACAAUGUUUGACUUCAAUGCAACAAAAACAGUAGAAGAGGCAGGGUAAGAAUCAAGUAAGCUUCUGGAACAGAAGUAGAGGCAGACCUUGUCUGAUUCAAACAACAACAACCUGUGGUCUUUGUCAAUUUUCAUCAUGAGUGUAAUUUGAGUUUACAAGCAUAUUACUUGUCAUACCCAGAAUCUCAAAGUCUGCCCCCUUUGUAUGAACCCCCUCAAAUAAAAAUCAAACCUGUAAAUUAAAAUCUUAAUAAGCCCCCAAAUUGAAUAAAUCAUCACCUCUGUAGUGUAGUGCGAUCAAAAUAACAGAAGGGGUUUUUGCACCAAUGUUGCUAAAAACAAUAACACAUCAGCUAACUUAGGCAUUAGCAAGAAAUCUUACCCCGUGAGCCUCCCUAGCACUACAACCCUAACUCAGCCUUUCUAAAAGCCCCCACAAGAGUGUUAUCUAGAUACAACAAAAACUAUAUCAUCUAAAUCAGUGAUUAAUAAAACACCUAUUCAGCACAGAAUAAAAAAAUUAAAACAAAAAAGACUUUGGUGAAAAGACUGCCAAAUACAAUCAAGAUAUCCAUAUUUUGGACCAAAUAUAUUUUUAUCCUUUGAAUGAUACUUUAAAAUCAUAUUUUCAGGCUACAAAAAGAGGUAUUUGUAUGGCAACUUGGAAAUUAUUUUUAUAAGGUCCCACCCCUUCCCCCAGAUAGGCCCCCCUCAAAUUAGUCCCCACCUUAAAGCUUCAUAAAUUAAUAAGCUCUCAGGGGGCUAAUUCAAGGAUUUAUGGGACAACCAGAAAUAGGAGUGUUUUAUUAUAAGGUAAACAUAUUCAAUGUGUUUAGUUAUGGUUUAUAAUUAAUUAAGCAUUGAAUGCUGAAAUAUUAUUUGUACUAGAAUUCUUGGCAAAAUGAAUUUGAAAAUUCCAUUUGUCAUGAAGGAAAUUUUGUGUUUCAUUGUCUAACAAGUAGGAUCUAAAGUUUUUUGAUAAACUAGAGAUAAUUCUCAGAGUGGUUACUAUUAAAUAAGAUUAUUAACAAAUUUUAAAAAAUACAUCUUAAUUUCUUCUUUUGAUGUCUUAAUUUUGGUAUUUAUGUCUUUA